CUUCUUACCGUGGCCUGUGCUGAGAAAUAUUUGCUUUAGAAUGAAAGUGUCGCGCUAACAGAACAAGUGUGUAAGAAUACAGAAAUCUUUUCUUAGCCCCAAAGAUCCACAAGUGUGUUCCGAGCCAUGUAUUUACAUACUGUGUCGAAACACUCAAGUCGGAGAUUUAGCAUUACUCUAAGUCUGGUUUGGUUGUUUAUUAUUAAGUGUUUAUAGACUACCAUUGGACUCGACCUGGGAUAUACCGUUUCAAAGUAUAUUGUUUAGAGUUGAAAGCUUACGUGGGAAACAUCUCUCCAUUGUUACUUUUGACUUUUUGAAUACAUUUACCGACAUUUCACUGGAAUGCAAGUUUCUGCCGUGACAAAGGAGCAACAUAUUCUACGUCUGCUAAGCGAUGACGAGUCUUCAGAUUCUGCUGACGAGGCCAAACUUUACGAUACAAGAAAAUUAGGCAGGAAACUCAAAGACGAGCCUUGCUGCCUUAAUCGUCGCUCUGUGAAGAGAAUCGCCAUCCCUGUCUUGACAGUGUCACUCGUGUUCUCCUUGAUCGUCAAUAUUUUGUUGUUCAGGAGUACCUCGACUUCCGGGGCACGACCGACAGUGUGUGAUGACAACUCGACAGCCGACUGUCUCGGCAUCAUCAGCUCCAUCAUGUCCAAGACUAGCCAGGACAGCAACCUUAACUCUGUCGUGACCAAGUAUUUUGAGCCAGAGAAGACGGCGUCAUGCUUGACUGAGUUUCCUGAGGAUGGCACUGCCAGUAUUUACGACAAUGUCUUUGCAGACCUGACACUGGAAGAGAUCGAUGCUGUCUAUAAGUAUCUGUCAGGACAGGCUGACCUGCAAAUUGUGGGUUCCAGUAAAAAGGUGGAGGGCAGUGUUUACGGGAUAGAACUUCAUGUUCCUAAUAAAACCAGCGCCGUGGACUAUAUGGAGGGCAGGGGUCCUAAGCCACGGAGAGAAGCUAGAGUCUUGAUCAAACAUAUAAACCGCACACCACCGGUGGUUGUUGAAUAUGUAGUGGGGCCCUUACCAACCCCAUCCUACCAUUUUCGUAACCCUAGACAUUAUGCACUAGUCCCAUACAGAUAUCACCCAACCUACGGCCUGAAGAAUGCCUUCCAUAGUCUGGUAGAAAUUUUAGGCAAUUCGCCAGAACUACUGAACAUAAUGAAAGAAAGUUUCAAUGCCACUCUGGUAGACUGUGGCUCAAACUGUCUGAACAUUGUGCCUCAGAAGACCAGCUCUGCCUACUCCGAGCGCACGUUGAUUCUCUUGUAUCUGACGUACAAGAUUGAGUUCCCAACGGUCAAUCCUCUCAGUAUGAUCUUCCUCAUGAGGGAAACAGAACCAGGAAGUGAUUCGUUUAACUGUGACUCGGUGUUCUACGGAGGUCGAUACUUUGAUUCCAUUGAGUCUUUAAUCUCAGGCUAUCGUCGUGGCAAGAUCAAGAAGGUCAAGAUGAACUUUCCAAGUCCUGCUCCAGGCGAGACUUCAAUGCCAUCCACCAUCAACCUCAGAGGGAAAACAUUUCCCAAUACUUCACAGGCAGGACCAAAAGAAUAUGAGCCCGAUGGAAAACGUUACAGGGUGAAAGGUGAACACAUUGAGUACAUGGAGUGGAGCUUCAACUACAGAAUCUCAACUGUUUCUGGACCUCAAGUUUGGGAUGUCAGGUGGUCAGGGGAGAGAAUCGCUUAUGAAAUAAGUCUUCAGGAUCUUGGAGUUAUCUACGGAGGAGAUAACCCUGCGACAUUCUACACUCAUCUUUCUGAUAGUGCUUUCGGUAUUGGAAACAAAGCGUAUGGCCUGAUGCCGGGAGUAGAUUGCCCAGAGCACGCCACAUUUCAGCCACUCUAUGUCUUUGAUGAGCUUGAAAACAAGGCCGUCACCCGCACCCACGCGUUUUGUGUGUUUGAACACAACACCGGGGUGCCUUUAAGACGUCACAACUCAAACGAUGACGUAUCCGGAAAGAGUUAUGGUGGUCUGGUAGACCGUGUCCUGGUGGUCAGAACGAUUAUUGUGGAGUUUAAUUACGAUUAUAUCUUCGACAUCAUUUUCCACCAAAAUGGCGCCGUGGAGAUCAAGACUUACGCUUCCGGUUUCCUAAUGUCCCACUCGUUUCAAAAUGGCGAUGACAAAUUCGGUUUUAGAGUCGCAGAAAACAUUGUUGGUUCUAUUCAUCAUCAUUUGUUUCACUUUAAAAUUGACCUUGACAUCAAAGGUCAAAUUAACCGCUACGAGACCCUUGACCUGACCUUGGACGAGAGGAAGUGGCCUUGGCACAAAUCGGGGCAAGAAACUUUCCAGCAGCUGUCGUUCAGUCACACGUUAAAAGCAACAGAGUUGCAGGCUGUGUACAGAUACAACUUCUCGACGCCCAAAUAUCACAUCGUCUACAACAACCAGGAGAGGAACAAAUUUGGGGCUCACAGGGCCUACAGAUUGUCUGUAGAGGGCUUUAGUAAAGUCUUAUUUCCAGAUGAUUCGCCAGUGCUGUCUAGUAGAAAGUGGUGCAAGUACCAGAUAGCCGCCACACAUCGUAAAGAUGAAGAAGAGUCCAGCAGCUCCAUCUUCUCAAUGUUUGAUGGUCAGAGUCCUCACGUGGACUUUGAUCGCUUUUUACAAGACGAUGAAAGUUUAGUGGACCAGGACCUUGUGUUUUGGGUGACAGCUGGCUUCCACCACAUCCCCCACACCGAGGACAUCCCCAACACCCCAACAGUAGGCACCCAGGCAACAAUCAGUCUGAUGCCGUAUAAUUAUUUCCCCGAAUGUCCGUCCGUUGGGUCACGUGAUGCGGUCCGCGCUGAUGUCAUCAAAGACUCAGUGGUGUUCCAGGACUAUGGCCUCUCCGUUAACUCUCGAUGUUUACCAAAUAAAUUUGACUUCUCGUAUUUAUUGCUAAAUAAAUCUCAUUUAUUUCCUUAACCUAAAUUUGUGUUGUGUGCUGUAUCAAAUUUUAGAGUAAAUUAAAUUGAUCAAAAUAGUCUAGGACUAGAUUGUCACUAGAUCUAUAAUCUGUACUAGAUCUAGUCUAUAGUCUGCAUGCAUAGAUGAUAGACUGACUAGUUUAAUAGUUAGUAGUAAAAAGUAUGAAAAUUAUUAGACCUAGUUAUUACAAAUAUUAGUCUUAUUUAUUAGAUUUAGAUCUAUCAAUAUUAAAUUAGUGACAGUCACAGUCACAGUGAUACUGAAUUAUUCUGACUUACCGAAACUGAAAGUUAAUGUGUAUAAUAUUCAAUUUUUUUUAACCUUUAGAAUUUAUCCUUGGCCUAUCGUACUACGAACAAUAGAGCACGAUAUGCUCAUUUUCUUUGACUUUUUUGACUAAAAACUAAUUCUAACAAUUUGAAUCGAUAAGACGACCGCCAUACAUUAAUAAAGAGGCCAUGUCAACAAACAUAGAUCCACAUCACAAACCUAUAUAUAUUUGUCUAUGUCUAUGAUUAUGAAACAAAGGCAAAAUAUUGGGAAUAUGGCAGUUUUGUACUUUUCAAAACGAAAGAUCAUAAUUAUAUAUUGGCUGAAAUGUUAGUCCUAGAAUUUAUAGCUCAAUUGCCGCCAUUUUUUUUUCACAUAGAUAUAGUACAUAAAACAUAUUUGACUUCCCCCAAAUAAAAAUAACUACCUACUUCCAGUCUAUAUUUAUUUAUGUCUAUGUUCACAGUCUAAUAAUGUCAGUUUUAAUUUAAAAUGAGAACUGAAAAAUGCAAAAGAUAAAUAACAAAAAAAAAUGUACUUCCGGCCCAAUUUUCUAAUUCUAGUUUUAAACCUAAGAAACGAAACUCAUAGGCGCAACAUAGCCCAUUCUUUUUCUUCUCAAUACCAAACAUGUCUAGAUCAAAGUGUUUAAUACUAAACACGUCCAAUUGACCCAAUUGUAAAAUGCCAACCAACAUGAAUGGUUUAAGUGUCAGAUUUCAAGCCAGAUGUUUACGAUUAGAAACGGAAGUGAGUCAGUCGAUGAGGUAAUAAGACAUGAUCAGACCUGAAUCAUCCAGUCCAGUAUCCGAACUGAAGUCUUGUCAUGUCACACUGACACUUAAACAACCGACUACCUCCUGACUUUUGAAAUUGUUAAGCAGUUGACUUUACUUUCUUUAAAACUCCCACUAAUAUGAAACUACCGAUUUGUCAGGUGCUUAAGUCUUAGAGUUUUAUUUUCCGAUGCACGAAACUACCAUCAGAUCCAGUUGGACUAGGAUCAUUGAGGUUCACGUUUUACUGUCAAAAAUGUUGAACUGAAGGCUCUUUGAACUGUAGGCUUGUAAGUCUGAUUGAUCAAACCGCUAUGUCUGGAAGAGAUCCAUAACAAUGUUUAUAUUUAACACUGAACAAACAAACGAAAUAUGGUGCACUGUGUGCUCCCCUAAUAAAGAGCUUCAUGUGUUGGUUACUAUCAAUAGUGAAUAGUGGUAAAAGUGGUGUAUUUUUAUGAAAAAAAUGCUUGCAUAAGUGAUUUAAAAAAUUAGAUUUUUC